AUGGCGCAGGCGAGACCACCGCUGCAGCUGAGCGUGGCGCUCCUGAGGCCCGGGCUGUGGGCGACGCUCUCCCGGGGCUCAGCCCUCCCUGCGGCCGUGAACACGCCCCUGAUCUGUGACUACGGCUCGGGCUUCAGCAAGGUGGGCUUCGCGGGCAUGGAAGCGCCGCUGGUCAUGUUCCCCACCGUCCUCGGGAAGCUCCGGCACAACCGCCUGUUGGUGGGACUGGAGGAUCAGGACUGGCUCAUCGGCACGGAGGCCAUGGACAAGCUCGGGCAGCUCAACCUGCAGUGGCCCAUCGCCCGGGGCGCUGUCACCAACUGGGACAACAUGGAAAAGGUGUGGCACCACGGCUUCUACCAGGCGCUCCGCGUCGCCCCGGAGCAGCACCCCCUGAUGAUGACGGAGCCGCCCCUGAGCACGAUGUCUGACAAAGAGAAGGUAUCCCAGAUCCUGUUCGAGACCUUCAAAGUGCCCGCCCUGUUCUUAGGCAACCACGGGGUCCUCUCCCUGUUCUCCUCCGGCCAAACCUCCGGGACCGCCAUUGAGUCUGGGGAAGGGAUGACGUACAUCGUGCCCAUCAUCGAGGGCUGUCCUCUGCCUCAGUCGACCAUGAAGCUGGACGUAGCCGGCCAGGACCUGACCUUGUACUUCCUGCAGCUGUUGACAGACAGUGGGAACUUGUUGGUGAGCUCAGCUGACCGGGAGUGGGCUCGCUACGUGAAGGAGAAAUGCUGCUACGUGGCUUUGGACUUCGCGCAGGAGAAGGUGGCGCCCACCUCGCCCGUCCGCACGGAGAAAUUCCGGCUGCCCGAUGGCCAGGAGCUCACACUCGGCCGGGAGAGGUUCUCGUGCCCGGAGGCGCUCUUCCAGACAGACCUCAUAGGGAGAAACAGCCUGGGCGUCCACGCGCUGGCCUUCCAGAGCAUCAGCUCCUGCAGCCCCGCCCUCUGGAAGGUCCUCUUCGGCCACGUCAUGCUGUGCGGGGGCACGGGCUCCUGUGCCGGCCUGCGGCUCCGGAUGCAGAAGGAGAUCUCCGCCCUGGUGACCCCCACAAUUCAAGUGAAGGUCGCUACCUGCCCCAAGCCCAAGCACAGCGCCUGGGUGGGCGGCUCCAUCCUGUGCUCCCUCUCCACCUUCAAGGACAUGUGGGUCACCAUGGCAGAGUACACAGAAGUGGGGUCCUCCAUCAUGAGCAGGCGGAGCUUCUGAUCAAACUGGGGACCCCUGGACCUGCCGCCUGCCCCCGACACCACCCGUGGGCGCUCGGGCCCUGCUCAAGCACACGCCUUCCCCACAUGGCAAUAAAAGACACGCUCUG